UCAGUUCAGUAGUUUAGCUAGUGCUGUUUGGGUUCUCGAUCAGUUCGGUCGCAUUUCCGUCUCUGCACCGGAAUUUUUCGUUCUCGCGCGUGCUCGCGACGUCGUCGGCAUUUUCGCGUAGUUGCCUGUUUGCAGUGUGGCCUUUUCCUUUCUGCUGUACUUUUGAACUGUUUGGUUAAUUCAAUUUACGACUCGUUUCUGAGCCAUAAUCGCCGUCAUAGCUGCUAGCAGCGAAACGAAGAACGCUUCAUUCUUUGUGAACGGCGAUGGGUUCUUCGUUUGAAUCAGUAGUGCUAGAAUAGUGAGUGUUCUGACGAAGAAAUAACAACAAAAAAAAAAGCUUGAUGAGCCAGCAUUCUUAGCAGUGUUCCACGGUUUUGAUGAUUUUGUUUUCCGUGACUAAGCAAAACUGUCAAGAGCGCUCUUCAGAUAUUGGAUAUUCCGCACAUCAGAGGAGAUCCUGUAGCACACCUUUCCAGCUUCCUCAGAGGAGAUAAUCGUUGCCGGCUUGUGAAUCUCGCAUCUGCUCAUUAGCGAUUAAAGCACUUAUCUAAGGUUCCAUCUCCAUCUUUUUGUGAUGAAUUAGGAAGUGUUUUAAAAUUGUAAGAUCGGUCACGGAAGGCGAGAACGAAUUCAAAAGAGCAUCAAUCUAGCACCUAGCAGCAGUUAAUUCAACAGUCAACCAAACUUUCUACCAACAAAGCCAAAUGCGUUCAAACAGUCGCCGGUCGCGAGAAGUCUCAGAUAGAGUAAGUUCAACGACGACAUAGGAUACCUAGUAUUUAAAACUGCAAAGUGAAAAGCACCCGCAGAAGCAGAUCGUCCUCAGUCAGAGCACGACACUGAAACCGGUCUCACAGUGCAUUGUUCGAGCGGCUCUGGAAGAGAGCGAAAAAGUGCACCGUCGAGAAUAACCAGCUUCCAUAGUAGCUAGAAGCUCUCGCGCCCGCGCCAGUAUGACGAAAGACGUGGAAUUUCAAGAUGUGGUGUACACGGUCAAUGUCCGGAAGAGCAUCAUCAGUGAAAGCCGAAAACAGACAAUACUGAAAGGCGUGAGUGGCGUUUUCCGACAUGGCCAAUUAUCAGCAAUCAUGGGACCCUCCGGUGCCGGAAAAAGCAGUUUACUAAACGCCAUCUCGGGCUACCGAAAAUCUGGAGUGGAAGGCACAAUGCACCUCAACAGAAAGGCAUCAUGUUACAUCACACAGGAAGACCAUCAUCAACCGUUACUAUCAGUAGAAGAACUUAUGCACAUUGCUUGCCAGCUAAAAGUGAAAGGAAAAGCAAACUAUGAAGAAACGAUUACGGACGUUUUAUCCAACUUGAACCUCAACCACCGAAGAAAUGUAACUGCCGACAGACUGAGCGGAGGUGAACGGAAACGGCUUUCCAUAGCUCUGGAGAUGGUGGCAAAUCCGUCGAUUUUUUUCCUUGACGAGCCCACUAGCGGGCUGGACGAGGUGACCGCGGCCACCUGCGUUCGGUUGUUCCGAGAUCUCGCCAAACAGGGCCGUACGGUGGUCUGUACAAUCCACCAACCCUCUGCCAGUAUAUUCGCCCUGUUCGAUCACAUCUACGUCAUCGCACGAGGGUCUUGCGUAUUUCAGGGCAGCCCUAAGGCGGUUGUACCGUUCCUUUCCCACGUACAUAUUGAAUGCCCAAGGCAUUACAAUCCAGCUGAUUUCAUAAUCGAAGUGUGUGAUAGUGAGUCGAAUGACGUCAUCCAAACUCUCUCGGAAGCAAUGCAAAAUGGAAAGGCGAUAUGCACGAAACUGCAACUGCCGUCGGCAAUCGCAUCUACCUCAACACUGGAAGAGGAACCGAGCUCGCUCGAACCCAUGACCGACUUUGUGAUCAAACCGACGGUGACCUCGAUGAUCUUGGAACAGCAACGCCCCAAGGUAUCGACGUUGGUACAGAAGAUGAAACAGAUUACACGCUUUUUCCACAGCCCACAUGCCGUGUCUGGGUUUGUCCAGUUUUGGGUCCUUUUUCGACUGAUGUGGACUAAGACGAUGCGGAAUAGAACGGUUCUUUGGAUACAGCUGGUUCAUCAUAUAAUAUGCGCAAUUUUUAUAGGACUGAUUUUCUUAAAUGCUGCAAAUGAUGGCGCCCGAAUGUUUGAUCAUCUCAAGUUUUGUUUGGGAGUAUGUUUCUUCUUUUGCUAUACGCAAGUAAUGGUUCCGAUUCUGGCAUAUCCUCGCGAAGUGAAGCUGGUGAAGAAGGAAUGCUUCAACCGCUGGUACGGUUUGUUCCCAUACUAUUUGGCACUGACACUGUCACGGCUACCGGUUCAGAUAUUCCUAAACGUAAUCUUCACAAUGCUCGUCUACUGGCUGGCGGGCCUGCCAGCCGAGUUUUUCCGCUACGCACUCUUCACCGUUGUCGGACUGAUCGUGUCGCUUUGCGCCGAAGGAUUUGGCCUCAUGAUCGGAGCGACCUUCAACGUUAUGAAUGGUUCCGCAAUAGGUCCUCUAACGAUUGCUCCCUUCCUCGGGUUGGCCAUCUAUGGGUUCGACUUUGCACCGCAGAUUCCCGCCAUAAUGCAAUGGUUGAUGCGGGCGUCCUUCAUCCGGGGAGGUGUCGUAUCCGUGGUACUGGUGGUGUUCGGCUACAACCGCCAGCGAUUGGAUUGCAACGAAAUGUACUGCCACUUCGAUGAUCCCAAGGUGUUGCUGCACUACGUUCGGAUAGACAACACGACGCUGCAGUUCGAGCUGGGCAUUUUGAUUGCAAUGACACUGUUCUAUCGAUUGCUGUGCUACCUCAGUCUUCGGAGGCGAUUCUACAAAUGAGCUGAUCGAUCUGUCGUUGUUGGCACAACGAAAUGUUCAUGACAAAAACUAUUGUGAUCAUCUUUUUUAGAUUUAGA